CCAUAGGGCCGGAGUGCUGGUCUAUGAGCGAGCAGGCUCUGGGUCUCGGCGGGAUCAGGCCAGGCAGCUGGUCAUAGAUCUUGAGACUCGAGGGAGGCAGGCCCUUCCUCGCUUCAUCUCCUGCUUAGAGGACACAGGCCAAGGCUCUCUGGCUUCAUUCUUGCAAAGCAGUCGGCAAGCAGCCAAGCAGGAUCCAGAAGCUGUUACACCCCUAGACCACCUGGUGCCUAUGGUCCUGGGACCAAUGGGACUCAAGUCAAAGGAGCAGAGAGUAGUGAAGCUGGACCCGUCGCAGCCUGCCUUGGGAAACCUCACCCCAGUGGUGCUGGGGCCAGAAGAGCUCUGGCCUACUCGGCUCAGGCCAGAGGUUCUCACACCAGAAACACCCAGGCCGGUGGACAUUGGUUCUGGCGGAGCUCAUGAUGUCUGUACUCCAGGGAAGAUCGAGAGACAUGCAGAUAUGGCAUACACCCUGGACUCGGAUCCCUGUGGCCACUGCCUCAUCAUCAACAACGUGAACUUCUGCCCUUCCUCAGGGCUCAGCACACGCACUGGCUCCCACGUGGACUGUGAGAAGCUUCAGCACCGCUUCCGCUGGCUGCGCUUCAUGGUGGAGGUGAAGAACGACCUGACUGCUAAGAAAAUGGUCACGGCUUUGAUGGAGAUGGCGCACCGCGACCACCGUGCCCUGGACUGCUUCGUGGUGGUCAUCCUCUCUCAUGGCUGCCAGGCCAGCCACCUCCAGUUCCCGGGUGCUGUCUAUGGCACAGAUGGAUGCUCUGUGUCUAUCGAGAGAAUUGUGAACAUCUUCAACGGGACCGGCUGCCCCAGCCUGGGAGGGAAGCCCAAGCUGUUCUUCAUCCAGGCCUGCGGUGGUGAGCAGAAAGACCAUGGCUUUGAGGUGGCCUUCACUUCCUCUCAAGACAAGGCCUUCGACAGUGAUUCUGAGCCAGAUGCUGUCCCGUACCAGGAAGGCCCAAGGACCUUGGACCAGCUGGACGCCGUGUCCAGUUUGCCCACCCCCAGUGACAUCCUUGUGUCCUACUCCACCUUCCCAGGUUUUGUCUCCUGGAGAGACAAGAAGAGCGGUUCCUGGUACAUCGAGACCUUGGAUGGUGUCCUGGAGCAGUGGGCUCGCUCUGAAGACCUGCAGUCCCUCCUUCUCAGGGUCGCCAAUGCUGUUUCUGAGAAAGGGAUUUAUAAGCAGAUUCCUGGCUGUUUUAACUUCCUCCGGAAGAAGCUGUUCUUUAAAACUUCAUGAGGCAGGGGCUGCUCUCUGCCUCAUUUUUCUACCAAAAGCCUUCAUGGCCUGGAGGAGGCCAAGGUCAGAACUGUCCCGUGAAGCAAGGAUUUCGAACUGGGGCAGGCUGCUCUUCCCCCUUUCCCAUGCAGACAGGCUCCUAGCAGCUUCCAGGUUGGAGGAGACUUGGAACGGUGGGAGGGGAGGAACAGAGUACUGUGGAUGCUGCCUGGCCGCUUCAUCUGUGGUUAGGGACUGUGGCCUGGGACCCCCAGGCCUCUCUAGAACAGGGCUUCUCUGCCGAUGUACUACAGACAUGUGGGGUUGUGUAAUCCUGUCAUGGCACUGCCCCGUGUGUUGUCGAGUGUUUUAAGCUGUCUCUGGUCUCUACCUGAGCACCCCUCCUGAGUUCUGCCAACCAGACAGUCUUCAGGCAUUGUCAUGUGUGCCCUGGGGGACAUUACAGCACUCCCCUCCCAGGGCCAUUGCCCACAGGGGUCUGUGGCUACAGACACAGGCAUCACUGUUUCCCAGACCCACAGUCCAGCUGGCCCAGUGUGAAUACCUGGAUCUGGACUGCGUCUCAUCAAAGUUUCCAGAGGGUUAAUUCUUCCUUGAGCACAGUAUUUAUUUUUAAACAAUAAAUCUUAGGCAAAAGGACUGUCUUUUGCCUUUAUUGUCCCCACCCUCACUCUGCUCUUCCUACAAUGGAGACUAGCUUUUUCCUGAGUAUUUCUCUGUGCCUUCCAAGGUCUCUGCCUGAGCCCAGGAGUUGACUGAGGUAGGAGCCAGAGUCCCCACAGAUCAAGUCUCCUGUCUGAAGGAUCUUGGUUACCCUAGUGGGGACACCUGGACAGUGUCUCCCAGUGUCUUCCUUGCUAGGUGAGCCUGGUCCUCCAGUGGCAGUAACCGGGCAACAGUGGCGUGCUGGCCUCCCCUGGGAAGGGUACCAUCCCCGUCUUUAAAGCUGUUCUGAUUUCACUUAUUUUUCUGCCUUUCUGGUUUCUUCUGGUCUUUGCUGUGUGAACAUUCACUUGACCGUAGAUGGUAGGGGUGCCAAGCCUUGUUUGUUUAUUUUUGAACUGGGCUCUGACUUUGUAGCCCAGGCUAGCCUCAAAGUCUCCAUCCCACUGCUCCCGAGUACAGGGAUUAUAGCUUGUCACCGCCACAGGUUGGGCCACAGGUGUUGUUUCCAGGGCCCUGGUUAGGGUGUCGGGUUAAUAAGACAGACGCAUCUCACGAUGUGAUUCCUAAGUCACUUUAUUACUGUGUCCCUUCCGUGCCGUUCCCAAGGUGACAGUCACAGAGAUGCCUUUGCUUAGUUCUUUGCAAUCACCUGCAGGACACACAGGAGAGUGACGUUAAGCUGAGGGCUGAGCACUGAGUUCACUGACUUCUCAGGGCCAAGAGGUGCGGUCGCAGUUUUCCCCUCCUGUCAAGAAGGGUCUUGGCCCAGAGUCCUGCUUGGGGGUCAGGCCCGGAAGCCAGGAAUCGAUUACAAGCCAAAUGUACAGAUGGGUGUGGUUUUUUGAUGUAAUUUGUUUCUUUGUUUUUUUCUGAGACUGGGUCUCCCUGGGUAGCCUUGCUGUCUUGGAACUCACCACGUAGCCAACACUGGCCUUGAACUCAUGGAGAUCCGCCUGCCUUUGCCUCUGGGUACUGGUAUUAAAAGUGUGCACCUCUA